UUUGUUUUUGUUUAUAUGAUACCUCUGGUUUAUUGUGGACGCGUCGAACUGAGACGAGUUCGAAUGAUUCAGCGGUUUCUCAUUUCAAUCAAAAUGGCGGACGUGACAACACAGCAAGAUCUUGAGUCCCUAGAACGUGUAUUCUUUCGCCUUUGUGGUGCACAGACAGACGAAGCACUCGAGAAGACGAUAGGGACGUUUCUUGCUCCGCUGUUGCUAAAGGUUUCAAGUCAAAAUGCCGACGUCAAGAAAAAGGUAAUGGAGUUAUUGACGCACAUUAACAAGCGCUUAAAAAGCCGACCUAAAGUCCAACUUCCUGUGAAUGAUCUGCUGAGUCAGUAUCAGAAUACUGAGGUCCCAGCCUUUGUCCAUAACUUUACCAUUCUAUAUCUACGUAUGGGAUUCCCAAGGCUUGAAGUCACAAAACAAGUUGAGCUCGCUCCUUUGGUGGUUGAAAGCAUCCAACAGAGGCCUACCCCUCAGCAAGAUUGUUUAGUUCAACUACUGCUACCUAUUUUUGGCAAAAUCAAGACUCCAGACAACAUUGACAGGAAGGAAGAGAUGUUUGAGUUUAGAAAGAAACAAGAUGUUGCCAAGGUCAUCCUGGACUUUGUACUUGAUGUUUUGCUGUUACCAUACAGCUCAGGACAGCAAGCAGGUUCUACAACAGCAAAAACUACAACACCCACAACUACUGCGACAGCUGCAAAUUUGGUCUCCGAUCAGGCAGAUCCAUUUGCUGCCGUUCCGUUGAGCAGCAGACCACAGUCGGCAGGAAGCUCUGAGGGUAUGAACAGUCAAGACGACGACGGUGGACAGAGUGGUCCUCCUCCAGGACUUAGCACUGCAGCAGUCAAGAGAGUCCUUGGAGAUGCAACUCUUGAAGGAGAUAAAUUGGAAGAAGUCAAGCUUGGAAUACUGCAGUUUCUUGCCCAAGAUGUCUUCAUGGAAAGUGAAAUUAUUUGUCACUUUGUUAUUGCUACCGGAGACUCCAGACACAGUAUUGGAGACUUUGCAGAGCAUGAACUGAAACGCAUUUCAAGUUCAACUGAUUGGGAAAAGGCAGAAGUGGUGAACAAAAUGUUCACAAUUUUUCUGGGAAAUGCUGCUUCAACUAAACAGGGCUUGAAUCCUGAACACGUGCGAUCACCUGCAGGCAUUCGUGUCAAACAAAGAAUAUUUCCAUAUCUACUAAGAUCACGGCGAGCGGCAAGCCAGUUUCCAGCCUGUUUGCAGGUGGUGUUUGAUAGCCUGUUUGGAGCCAACCCAAACAGCAAGCUGCGUGUCAAUGCAGUGCAGUUCGUGCACCACAUUUGUCUGUUUGGCACGGAUCAGGUCCUCAAGGCCAUAGGCGCGGUCAUACUCUCAGGCAUGACCAAACUCAUAGACCAGGAAAAAGAGAACGCAAAGCUUCGAAGUCUGGCAUAUGUGGCAAUUGGGAAACUGGCAAGGAGGCUGCCCUCUUUAUUUGCUGGUAAUAUUGCUCUGGUUCAGAAACUAUUUGAUGCCAUUUGUGAGGAAAGUGAGGACACACGUCUCGCCGUUCAGGAAGCCUUGUCGAUGAUGGCUCCUGCCUACAAGGACUCCCAAGGGACCAUCAAAACCAUGAUAGAAACACUCAUCCUUAAAAACGUGGAAAAGACAACUCCACAGUCUCGACUCGUCGCCGUCCAGUUCGCCAACAAGGUCUUUUCCGUCACUCACAUUCCUUCCCGUUAUGUGUGCAUGCUGGUCUCUGCAGACAUAAAAGACGAUGUACGCGAGGAAGCCAGGCGAGGUUUGCACCUCGGUAAGGAUCUGCGACCGUUUGCCAAGGAAUCCAGCUCAGUUGUACAGCUACCACCUUUUGAGGACAUGGUCAGAUUCGUCUCUGAGAAGGCGACAGAGAGAUUGAACAAUGCAUCUGCCAGUUAUGUGGUUGGUCACAAGAAGUUGGCCUUCAGCCCUGAGGUUUUUAGACAGGUAGCCCAGUACUUGAGGCGUUGUCUGUCUCACAGCGCUGGCGUGACAGAGGAACACGAGAUAAAGAACGAGGCCCUUGUGCCGAUCUCGCAGUACCUUCUGGGAUUGCUGGAUCGGUACGAGCAGCAAGCGGUAUCCUCCACCCCACUAGGGUUGUACCUCACAUUGAUGGAACAAGCACUGAACCCUAUUGGAGGUGCUGAUCUACACGCCGUAGCUCUCCGUGGAUGCCUCGAAGUGAUCGCCGCUGUACCGUCACGGAUGGCUCCCGUCUAUCAUGACAAACUUGGCUGGAUAAAGACUUUCACCUACUCCAGUAAGCAAGAAGCACGAGAGUACGCGGGCCGGUUGCUAGCCAUUGUCGUGUGCUCGCUCGGAGUGGAGGUGUUCUCCUCAGUGAGGUCGGAGUAUACCGAGUCAUUGAGCUCAAUGAACUUGGACACACAGCACGGCGCGGUCACUGCCCUGGGAUUUCUUCUCGCGCGACACGUGUAUCAGCAGCGCGUGGGCCGCGAGAUGUCGCGCGUGGAGAUGGAGGUGGAGGAUAUCGAGCUGAUGGAGACAGAUGACCCGCCCCCUAGCCCCCAGGACCUUGGCCGAGUCGUGACGCAGCUUGUUGGCCUGGCGAAUAGUCACGCGCCCCCCUCUCUGUCAUGUGUGGUGUGUGACGCAGUGGGCGAAAUCGGACGGAACGGACCACUGCCUUUACCGGACGGACAAGAAAGCGAAGGUGAAAACAAGGAAAAUGCAAGUGUCGACAAGCUUUCUGUUGUAAACAAACUGGUAGAUUUGCUACAAAAUGCUAAAGAAAACAAGGUGCAAGAACGCGCCGCUCGGGCCAUCGGGUUCAUUAUGGUCGGUGACCCCAAGUUCACGCACCGCCAGAAGCUGAUUGAUGGUCUAUGCGAGACCGCAAAGGUCCGUCAGAUUGAGUUACAAUUCACGGUUGGUGAAGCUUUGUCAUGCGUGGGGGCUGGUAGCGAGUCCGAGGCAGCACGUGAUCCCUGGACCCCGCGGCAAAAUACCUGUCUGCCACAGGUAGACCAUGAAGUUAUGCAGCAACUCGUCAGUACCAUCGUCAAAGAAUACUCCAAGAACUCGAGACCUCACGCGAGACAGGCGUCUUGCGUUUGGUUGUUAUCAUUGGUUAAAUAUUCAGGACAGCACUCCGCAAUUAAGGAGAAUCUCAAGCACAUCCAAAUGACAUUCAUGGACAUGCUGGCCGAAACAGAUGAUCUGACACAAGAGGUCGCCUCUAAAGGGCUUGGACUUGUCUAUGAACUUGGCGGGGAAGAAAGAAGAGAAGAACUGGUCUCCCUACUCGUCGACACUCUUACCACUGGGCGAAGGCAAGCGAGGCAAUUCUCAGAGGGGGAUCAAGUGUUUGCCCCGGGCGAACUAGGGAAAGCACCGGAGGGUGGCGGUUUAUCGACAUACAAAGAGCUCUGCUCAUUGGCUAGCGACCUGAACCAGCCAGACCUGAUUUACAAGUUUAUGCAUUUGGCCAAUCAUAACGCUUUGUGGAACUCGCGCAGGGGUGCAGCGUUCGGGUUUAGCUCCAUAGCGUCCCAUUCACGUGAGCAGCUUGAACCCUACCUACCAAACAUUAUUCCAAAGCUAUACAGAUACCAAUACGACCCAAAUGGGCGAACGCAACAAGCCAUGUCUAGUAUUUGGGCCGCUUUGGUACCGGACGCCAAGGCCACGGUCGACAAAUAUAUCAAAGAAAUCCUCCAAGAUCUUGUGGAAAACUUGAACAGCAACUUAUGGAGACUUCGUCAGUCAAGCUGCAUGGCUCUGAGUGACCUCUUGAGUGGUAGAUCCGCCGAGGACGUACUUGACUUCCUUCCUCAGCUGUGGGAGCGAUCUCUCCGUGCCAGAGAUGACAUUAAGGAAACUGUUCGACUUGCCGCGGACUCGGCCUGCAGAAAGCUUAGCAAGAUUACCAUUCAGAUCUGUGAUGUAAAUCGAGGCAAGCUCGGAGAGAAGGGCAUCUCAACUGUCCUUCCCACAUUACUUCACACCGGACUGACUAGCGGCGCUGAGGAGGUCCGAUCUAUUGCGUUAUCCACCAUAUUAAAGAUAAGCAAAAAUGCAGGCUCACUGCUAAAGCCUCACAUUCCUGUGCUUGUCGUGGCAUUACUGGAGUCUGUCAGUGGUUUAGAACAACAGUCUAUGAAUUAUAUCAGUCUUCACCUGAGCAAAAACGAAGACGUCCAAGAGAAGCUGGAAAGUGUUCGCAUCGCCUCGUCCAAGAUGUCCCCCAUGAUGGAGACCGUAAACCUGUGUGUACAGUACGUGGACGAAGAAGUGUUGCCAGAGCUAAUUCCACGAGUGGCCGAUUUGCUUCGUCGAGGUGUUGGCCUUGGAACCAAGGUCGGUUGUUCCGGAUUUGUGGUCUCCCUGUGUAUGCAGUGUCCGCGAGAGCUUGAGCCUUACGCAGGAAAACUUUUGUCGUCUUUGUUGUCCGGUUUGUCCGAUCGUAUUGCAUCUGUCCGAAAAUCCUACGCCACCACCAUUGGUCAUGUAGUUAAGGUGGCUAAAGAGAGUAGUGUGGAGAAGCUUAUUGACCGAAUCAAGAACUGGUACUUCGAAAAGGAAGAGGCUGGGUUUCGGUUAGCCUGUGGUCUGACAUUCCAGGCGAUCACGCGGUAUUCCCCUGAUGUUAUGCGCAGUCACGCCUCCAAGGUCCUGCCCACUGCGUACUUCGCCAUGCACGAGGACAAGAAGACAGGUUCAAAUUCCAACUCGCAAUCAGCUUGGGAAGAAAUCUGGCUUGAAAAUACUCCAGGUACCGACGCAGGACUGCGGCUCUAUGUGGGCGAGAUAACCGACAUCUGCUGCACUGCUCUGACAUCACAGGUCUGGUUGAUCAGAGCACAGGCCGCACAAACGGUCUCCUCUUUAGCCGCCAAAUUAGGAAAUUCAUUGAAGCAGCCUUUCCUUGGGAAACUUUUGAAUUCUCUAGUUGGCGGACUAGCUGGACGAACAUGGACUGGAAAGGACAAGCUGCUAGAGUCCAUCUCUUGUAUUUGCACUAAGUGCAGGUCAUCGGUGGAGAACUCUGAGAAACUGGAGCCCAGCCUUGAUGAGGUCGUGAACAGCGUAUUGAAAGAAUGCCGUAAAGAGAAUCUCGAAUACAAAAUAGCAUCAUUGAAUUGUUUUGGUAAAAUCGUGGAAGAGUACGGUCUGGACAGAUUUCAGGACAUAAGCGAAUUGCUUUUCCCUAUAGUCGACCCCAAAAAGAAGGAGGACGAAGAGCAGGAAGAGGGAGAAGUCGAUGAAGAGAAUGAGAACAAAACCCCAGACGAAAGAUUACUUGUCGCCUUUUUUGACUGUCUUGGCUUGGCCUGGCCUAAGGUCUCUUCUCCCUCCCAUGAUCCUUUUGCGGAGCGACUGUCUAGAAUUCUGGCCGAGGCCCUCCCUGCCAGCACAUGGAAGGUACAGCUUGCCGUACUACGUGCCACGAAGUGCUUCGUUAAAAGGUACGACUGGCUGACUCAAGUCGAUGCGGGCGCAGAUAACACGUCGCCAAGAUUAGCUUUUCUGCACGGGGUCCUAGGCCAGCUCAUACAGCCCGUCUGCGAAGGACUAGAGAACAAGAAAUACGCCGCCGUACGUUUGGGCUGCAUGGAAGUUUUGGAGACUCUCAUCUCAGCACUAAAAGAGGCGAAUGUUCAAGAGUGCGUCCUACUUCCCAAGGACAUGGAUCUAAUAUUGAAUGGUCUCAAGUACGUCUAUAGCGACAAGGAUCCCAGAGUGAGAGACAAGGCGCUGGCGCUCAAGAAGGAACUCCACUCGGGAGACGAAAGAAUGUGAUCUUUGAUUUUGAAUUUUUGGCACGAGAUUAAUUUAUAUUUGAGCGAAUGCUGACCCGAAAAUGAAUUGAAAGGUUGAGAAGGUUUCAUCCGAAAAAGAGGAAUUUAAUGCUGUCUUUUUCGUUGUUGUUUUUUUGAAAAGGUGGAAAUAAGUGUAGCAAAAGGGCAUUAGAUUUAAUGUAAAACUGUCGUCUUCAAAAUUUAGCAUGGUGAUCAUGGAAGAUUUUUAAUGUUUCAAAAGAGAUGAAAAAGAAAUAAAAUAGAAAUAGGGAAGAGAAAUAAACUGAACCUCUCUAA